AUGAACCCACUGGUUGAAUGUCCUUUCUGUACCUACACGUCGCGUGUCCCGGCGGUUAUUAGAGAACACGUCCAAAUCCACGACGACGACGACGAAAAUUCCAGAACAGUUCAGAUGCUUAUUGCAGGGGAGGUCCAUGAGGUGCUUAGGGUUGAAGCAGGAGUGUACAGGUGCCCUGACUGCUACAGGGAAGGUAAUCUGGGUGGGAUCUGGGCCCAUUACCUCGCUGCGCACGUAGAUCAGGGUCCUGCUCUUUCCAAGGCGGAGCGUUCUCGCAAGGCGGACGUUCUCGAGGAUGCGGGUCCUCGAACUCCUUCCAAGCUCAUCAAGGACUUUUUUGCAGUCAGGAAGCGGAAACGGCUCGCCGCCUCCUCAAUUCAAGAUCUACCGCCCUCGAGCUCGGCCUCCUCCUCCUCUUCCUUCCUCAUCCAAGAAAGCGCCGCCAUAAGAAAGAAACUUCGUCAGGUUACACGAAUCGCUAGAGCUGCUCAGGCAGGCGGUGCUACGAGUGGGUUAGUCGAUUUAGAUGAACCCACCCCUCCAAGUAGUCCUCCUCUCUCUCCGUCUCCUAGCUCUUCCUCUCUGCCUUCUCCUUCCUCCUCAAGCACUCUCGUUUCCGACGCCCCUCCUACCACUGCUCAGCCUUCGUCUCUGCCUGCUAUCGUCCCUCCAACCUCUCUCCCUGCCCCUGCUCCGACUGCUUCUCUUGCUGUCGUUUCCCUUAACCUCGACACAGCGGUAAUCUUCGAGGGUUACCCAUCCUCGACGGCGAUUUUCACAUGGCUCAACGACGUUAUGGGUUCUGUCAUCCGAGGGUGUGCCUUCCACGUCGUUAUGACUGGAGGGCUAUCCUCUAACCAUUCCGAGCUCUGGAGAUGCACCGCGGGUCUCUCCGAGCUCAAUACGCAGCUUGCUGCUUUGACUGCUGGACCCCUCAAGACCUGGCCUUCAAACACGGACCGACUCGCUGCAAUCGGGUGGGUCGAGCCCAGUGGGAGUCCUGGUGGAGAGCCGUCCCCUAUCUCGUCUUCAGGACGACUUACCUUCGCGUUCGAGUCUUCCUCGCCCUAG